ACGAGCGAUGACGAGGGUCGGCUCCGAGGGGCUGCUCCUGCUGCUGCUGUUGCUCGGUUUCGCCGGACUCCGCGAUGCCGACGCCAAGGCUUCAUCCGAGGUGCUCUUUUAUCGAGAUGGGGAGCCACGGCUAUCGCCAGAGGUGAGGCUCGAGCGUCUGGUGCGCUUCCUGGAGGCUGCGGCUGCCCACUCCUCCGGCUCACAGCUACGUAAGCAACGUCUCUUGGAGUUGGCACGCACGAAGCUGCGGGGCCUUCUGAGGGACGACAUGCCCGAGAGGCCCAGCAUUAUCGAGACUCUGCAACGCGACAGCACCGAUCCGCUUCAGUAUCUUCGCGAGCUCGAGAGGCAGCGACUGCUACCGUACCUGGAGUACGAGCCCAAUUCUAGAAUUAAGCCCUAUUCGCUGGAGGAUGCAGCCAGGGCAAGGCUGAUGUCCGCUCCCCUGAGCAAAGAUCCACUGCUGGACUACCCGGAGACGCACUACGCUGACCUCGAGCGGGCUCGCGAGCUGGAGAACGCACGUCGGAUGGAGGAAGCCUAUAGGCACAGACCCGCCUUCACUUACUCGUUCGACAAGCCCGAGCCAACGAGGGAGGGAGCGGAUCCGCCCUUUGCCGUCCCGCCCAGCGAUCCCCGAUACUACCAGGAUGAGCCCUUUCGCAAAGCGUCGACAGAGAAGGUUCCAACUAUCGAUCAGAGAAUAGCCGACCUCUCGGAGGCGGCAAGGGAGGUCCACUCCAUCCAGCUCAAGCCUCAGCCAAAGCUGAAGCAGAUGACGACGAGGACGCGAGACCCAAUAGACGAGUACGCACCGAUAGGCGGCAUCCUGGAAAUGAACGUCCUUCCGGAGCCACGGAGACGUGCCGAACAAGACCCCAUCGUGAUCUCCCUUGGUAAUAGGCUCAACGAUGACAUUUACUUUAUAGCUAUUGUUGCUGGAUGCAGUGCUGCGGUAAUGUUUGCUCUGGUGCUAAUAAGCUUGACUUGGUGCAGACUUCAGCGAAUGUCGAAAGCAGCCGUAGAUGUCGAUUAUCCAGCCUAUGGAGUAACGGGUCCGAAUAAAGAUAUUUCACCGUCGGGUGAUCAGAGGCUGGCCCAAUCUGCUCAAAUGUAUCAUUUUCAGCAUCAUAAGCAGCAAAUAAUUGCAAUGGAAAAAGCAUCGGCUACUCGAGACCCUGGAUCAGUAUCCGAAGCAGAAAGUGACGAAGAGAAUGAAGAAGGUGAUUACACGGUCUAUGAAUGUCCAGGACUUGCACCGACUGGCGAGAUGGAGGUGAAAAAUCCACUGUUCCAUGACGAUCCAACACCAGCCACACCGUCAAAAUCGAAGAAAGAGGCCGAUAACAGUGAUGACAACAAUGUCUAGUUCCCGGACGUCCAGCCCAAAGUAACGUCCAGCAACCAAGAUAAAUGACACCUAAGCGAGCGAAAUCUAAAUUCCUCUUUGGCAUUUAGUUUACUAUCUGUGAGUGUACCAUAUCGAAAGGAUAAAUAAUAUUGAUAUUUUAUCUUUGCGCUAAAACAGACAUAUGUAAUAUUAUUGUUUGUAUAGGGAGGAUUAAUAGUGAAGAUAAAUUGCGUUAUGCUAUUAAUAUUAUAGUAAUCGAUGAAACAAGCGACAUAAAACGCAUAGCCAUACACAUGCUUGUGAAGCUCAACCCACAGACACACACACAC